AGAGAUAUAUAUGAUAUAAAACUCUUAUUAAUUUGUUUGGUGUCUAUAUUUCUCUUAAAAUCUAAUAUUAAUAUAAAUUUUCGAAAACACGAUUUCAUGCAGUAAUACUUUUGUGGUUGGUUUAAUUUAUAUUAAAGCCAUCACAGGCAAUUUAUCCUUGUUUGUGGAUACGCGUUCCUUUCAUACAACACACCUUAAUCGAUUUCUCUGAAAAAACGGAAGGACAAGUUCCUUUAGCAAUAAUGGACGAAAAUGAUGUUGAUGGGAAAAGUCCUAUGAAACGUGUGGGAUCUACAAGAAAAAUUUUGGAUUUUAACACAAUACAACAGCAAUUUACUGAACAACUGCGAUGUCUCGAUUGCAGAGUUGAAUCGCAAGUGGCAAUAAUACAGGAACUGCAAGAUUUUUAUCGUCGGCGAGGUGAAUUAGAGAUGGAAUACAGCAAAAGCCUUGAUAAAUUAUCUCGAUCUGUACUAUUGAAACAUAAGGAACAAAAACAGAAGCGCAUGAUAUGGCCUUUGUUUUCAACAUUUUCCUGGUGGAAGCAUAUAGUUAACGAAGCACAGCUUUUAUCAAAGGAUCAUGCUGCGCUAUCCGAUUUAUAUGCAGUAAAUAUUGUUUCCAGAUUACAAGCUAUUGCAGAAGAUGUGCAAAGAAUUUAUCAAAAAUGCAGACGAAUUGCAUACGAUAUUCAGGAGGAAAUAUUCAGAAUUUUUCAUGAGCUAUACACUACAAUGAACACAUAUCAAAAAUAUGAGAAUGAUAUCAAAGGGGCGGAAAAUAAAUUGAUGACUGUCGAAGCUCAACAACUUAAAUUAAAGCAGACAAUAUCAAAAGAAAAACUAGACAAUAGUAAAAAAUACAAAUUAAUAGAAAAGGAAGUUCAAAAGAGAAAAAAUAAAUAUAUGGAUAUUAAGCUUAAAGCUCUAAGGGCCAAACUUGAAUAUGAAUUAAACCUUGAAGCUGCAAAUUCAACAAUUCACAAGUACUUUGUUGAGGAUUUAAGUGAUAUUAUAGAUUGCAUGGACUUUGGUUUCGGCUCAAUGAUAUCAAGAACAAUUUUCACUCACAUAUCGGCUGACCAAAAAAGAUCGAAUUUAAUACAAUCGCAAGCUGAAUGCAUGUCACAUUUAGCGCAAUCUGUUGAUACUCGAGCUGAUAAGCAAAAGUUUUUAGAACAACAUCAUACAGCUUUUAUGGUGCCAAAACGUCUUGAUUUACAAAACAAAUUAAAUAACUCAACCACAAUAUCAGAUCUACAGCAAGAGCUAUGUUUGGAUAUGGAACAACGACUUAAAGCGAUUUUGCAAAGAUUAACUUGUUUAAGGAUUGAGGCUGAUGAAAAUUGGAAAACAUUAGAAGUAACGGAAAAUAAACUGUUGGAAAAUAUUGGCGAAAGAAAAUAUAACUGCGGAGAAGGAGCAAAUUUAACAGUUGAACCAACCACAUUCGAUAAUGAAGUUAGAAAUAACGAAAACAAACAAGAAAUAGAAGAUUUUUAUUUAGCAAAAAUACAUGAAUAUUUGAAAGGCACAUCAAGGAUAGCAAGAUUGAAUGCAAAAGCAGACUUUCUUAAAAAAUGCACGGAUUUGUGUACUGAUGAUUCUUUCCGGUCUACUACGUGCAGAGAUUUAUUAGUUUCGAAACGAAAAAGAAUCGGCCAUGUGAACAAAUUCAAGCAAACGAAAUUAUUUGGAGAAUCUUUAGAAGAUUAUUUGGAGAGUUCUGGUGAGGAUGUUCCACUUAUUGUAAGAAGUUGUGUGCGUGUAAUUAAUCUUUACGGUUUACAACAUCAAGGAAUAUUCCGAGUUUCAGGUUCACAAGUUGAAAUAAAUAAUUUUCGAGAGGCAUUUGAAAGAGGCGAAGAUCCUCUCGCUGAUACAAAUGAUGCAUCUGAUAUAAAUUCGGUGGCAGGAGUAUUAAAAUUAUAUUUACGAGAAUUACGUGAACCACUAUUUCCAUUUAUUUAUUUUGAUAAUUUUAUGUCAAUUGCAGAAAUACGUUCGAAAAACGAAAUUGUUGUUGAAAUUAAAAACUAUUUGCAAAGAAUUCCUCGUAAUAUUGUGAUCGUUAUUAGAUUUCUAUUCGCGUUUUUACAUCAUUUAUCUGAAUUUUCCGAUGCCAAUAUGAUGGAUGCUUAUAAUUUGGCAGUUUGUUUUGGUCCAACACUAAUGAGAGUACCUGAAGAUAAAGAUCAAGUACAAUACCAAAAUCAAAUAAAUGAGCUUAUUAAAACAAUGAUUAUAUUCCACAACGAAAUAUUUGCUGAAGACUUAGGUGGUCUUCAAUAUGAAGAUUAUAUAUCACAAGAUCAAACGAUGGAUCCAUAUUCCGAUGAAUCACAACUCGACGUACCGGCUGAAGAUGUAGAUUCUGAAAAAUAUUCGUCAGAAGAUGAAUUGGAAGCAACUGUAUUAUUCGAUUUUAAUGCUCGAUCUAUGCGAGAGCUGUCGCUGCAGAAAGGGGACACUGUUAUAUUAAAGAAACAAGUUUCAAAUGAUUGGUGGCAUGGUAUUUUAAACGGACAAGAAGGGCUCAUACCUAAUAAAUAUAUUUCUUUAAAAACAAGAAAUGAAGAACGUGUAAAAGUUAUUUUAGAUGAAAUGUGUGAAAAAAUUAAACUUGAGAAUGGCAAAUCGCAAACCAGUGAAAGUGUUAAGUUUUCUGAGAAUAACACUACGCAAAGUCCUUUUAAGUCUGAUCCUUAUCUAGAUAGUAAAACUGAACAAAAUUGCUCAGAGCAUUCUAAUGCAAGUACGAGUAUUCGAAGUAGUUGUGAUACACUUGACGUAUUCGAAACGACUGUGUAAUUAUUAAGUUAUUAUUUUGUAUUCGUAACUUUAGGUGAUUUCAGAUCUUAUUAUUUUAUAAUUGGUAAAACUAUUUU